AUGAUUCGGCGGUACCUGCGCGAUUUGAUAAGCACAUAUGUGCUGACCCCCACGAUUUUGCCGGUGUUGUUAUUUACCGUCAGAACGACUCUUUUCCCGUCGAAUGCUCGUCCGAGUAGUGUAUCGACCAAUAACAACAUUGUUGGUCAACAGCCUUCUCAACCCAAUAACAACGUACCUCCUUCUAUUCAGCAGCAACAGCAGGGGCAAUCUUCGAACGGCACGGACCAUCAGACGGAUAUUGAUAAACUUGAUACUAAGGAUGCAUCUACCCCAGUUCCGGGGGACAGUACUCCUUCUCCGUCUGAGAUUGCUACCAUCAAACGUCAAUGCGCCACGGAUAUACUGUCAUUAAUCCCGGAGCCUAUCGCUCGAGCCUUUUUCCGUGGCAGUGCCGAUGAUACCACUAAUGAUAGGAACGAAACUAGUCAUGGCGAGAUACCACCUUCCACAACCAAAAGCUCAUCACACGACUCGACGACUGCCGCACAUACUGACGAAGAAGAGCUUCUGGAAGCUAUAGAAAGUGAUUUACUAGACCCAUUCUCUGAUGCCUACUGCAACAAACAUCUUAUCUAUGCCAUUGUGGAAUUAGUGUUGAUCAGACUAAUUCCAGAGUUGUCGGAGCAGACCGUUAGUAGUCUCAUGGAAGAUCGUGGGGUUGUGGCGUGA